AUGAAGCGAAAGUCAAGUGAUACACGAGAUGAAGAAACCAAGAUCUCUCACCUGUUGUUUAAUAAAUCCAAAAAUUUUGUCGAAAAAUUAAACACAUAUUCCAAAGACGAAUUAAUCCCUACGGAUCUGAAACCAGCUUGGAUUGACGCAAACUUUCAAGCUAAUAUUAUUCCAAACGUAAACAGUAAAGCUUUAUAUACAGAAAAGCUUAAACAAAAAUAUGAGACUUUAUUGGGUACACCAACUUGGGCAAAAUUAAAUAAAAUAACUGAAAUAGAUGAUGAGCAGGAUGAAAUACUGAGAACUGUUGGUCAUUUACAUGAAAAGAAGCCUGAACGACUGCCUAAAGAUUUUAUAGAAAUUAAAAAACUCCCACUCAUAAAUGAAUCUACCAAAAAUGAAGGCUCUAUAAUAAAUUGUGUUGAGUUCCAUCCUAAAAUCAGCGCUGCUCUUGUCGCUGGCAACUCAGGUAGCUUAUCAUUAUUUUCUAUAGGUGGUGAAGUGAACACUAAAAUACACAGUUUCCAUUUACAUAAUUGGAAAAUAAGUGCUGCUCAAUUUACUCCCGAUGGGUCUGAGGCUCUCAUUGCAUCUAAAAACAGUCACUCUUAUUGUGUAUACAACCUAGUGAAGGCAGAACCAAAGUUAAUCCAAUUGCCGAGAGUGGUAAAAAAACCUGUUAUCUUCCAAAUAUCACCCGAUGGUAAAUACAUUGUGACAUCAGAUGGUUUUGAAGAAGUGUUUUUGAUUUGUUCUGCAUCGAAAGAAUUACUAACAUCUUUAAAACACAAUUCAAAUAUUGUAUCAGUAACAUUUAGUAAUGAUUGCGGGCAAUUGUAUUGUUGUAAUUUUGAAGGACAAAUUACUGUAUGGGAUUUACUGAUGUACAAGGCUCUAAAAAAGUUCUAUGACCAUGGUUGUGUUUCAGCAUCAUGUCUAACAGUUAGCCCAUGCGGAAAAUUAUUAGCUACAGGAAGCGGUGAAGGUAUUGUGAAUAUAUAUGAAACAGAAAAUUUGACCAAGUCAGAACCAGUACCAUACAAAGUCAUUUCGAAUUUAACCACCAAAAUAACAAGCCUCAGGUUUAACAACACAACAGAGAUACUUGCUGUAUCAUCAUCCUUCUAUCCAAACGCUGCUAAACUUGUCCAUAUACCAUCAUAUCAUGUAUUUUCCAAUUUCCCGAGCCAAUCUGUUAAUCUAAAUCAAAUAAGUUCAAUAAGUUUCUCAGCAAACAGUGGUUACAUGGCUUUGGGGAACAACAAAGGGUGUGCCUAUUUAUAUAGGCUAAAGUAUUAUAAGAAUUAUUAA